GGUUUGGUAUUUUGGUGGUGGCUUUCCACUUCGGCAUACAUUUCCCUCCCUCUGCAGUCAUCACACACCAUACUUGAAAGCAUCUUCUCUUACCGUUUUCCCUCUCCUUAGUCGCAUCUUCAAAUCUUCCCCAUUCCAACAUGUUCGGCUCCGCGCGAAUCUUCUCCGACGUCGCUCUCCGCCUCCGCCAAAACCUAUCGCUUCGAGGUGUGCGCGUGCAGAAUAUCAACAUCGGAGGCGGUAUGGGAGGCGAGAUUCCCGACAACAAGCGUCUGGAGUACGCUCUCCAGCACCUGCACGGAAUAGGGCGCUCGAAAGCGCACCACAUUGUGUGCGAGCUCGGCGUUGAGAACAAAUUCGUGAAGGAUCUCAGCAAGAGGGAACUCUAUUCCAUUCGCGAGUUGCUCUCCAAGUACUUGAUCGGAAACGAUUUGAAAAAGUGCGUUGAGAGAGAUGUGGUAAGGUUGGUGGGCAUUCAGUGCUACCGAGGGAUCAGGCAUGUGGAUAACUUACCCUGCCGUGGACAAAGGACUCAUACGAAUGCACGCACCAGGAGGAGCCGGAAAACUUUCUCUGGAUCGAGAUAGUGCAAACUUACAAACAACUGUAAAUGAUGCCAUCACAAUUGUGGUCCCAGCGGCUAUGGAUAUCCACAAACCCUUCGUUUUAGGACUGAUAUUGUGGUUGCAAACUAUUUAUAAAGCCUCAGUACUGAUGUGAUCACUUUAGAGUUGUGGAUCAGUUGAGAGUGGAAUUUGUUAGUUGGUUAUUAUAACCAACUUUUCAUAUGUUACAUUACUUAUUUACCGGAUUCAGUUUCACUUUACGUUGAAGAUAGAAUGUGUGUAUGCUGAACCGGUGAGUUCCCAACAUUCCAGUGUCUUGAGUGCAGUUAAAUUUUUCACCUAUUCUCUUCCCAUUUGUUGGUAA